ACGGCAGCGCCGGCCACAGUGGGGCACCAUCUGCCGCUCCGCGUCGCGGAAAGCCGUCGGGCAGGUGGAAAGUCGACUCCGUAGUCCCGCUAGCGGCAGUGAGGGACGUUGGGGCAGGGAAGGGACCCGCCGCCGCCGCCCGGGCGGAGAGGGAGGAGGCGGGCGGAGAUAGGUCGCUGGCUUGAGGUAAGAGGAAGCGGGAGCUUUCCCGCAGUUGGCUCCGGAGGGACGGAGUGUGUCGUGCGCACGUCUCCAGGUGUGGUCUUUGGCGCGUCGAGGACCGAACUGCGCGUGCCCAGUCCCCGGCCCCGGUUCCAACAGUCCAGAGUCCGUCUGGUACGAGGUGUGCAGCGGAGGACGACACCCCCCGGAGCCCGAGUUAGCGCUUCGGCAAACCACGACGGAGCCGGGCUGCGACUUCUCGCACUGGCCCCUGGCGGUGGCGCCUUGAUUCCCACGGUACAAUGUCGGAACAAGAACGUAUACAAGAAUGUCUCAGGAAAGAAAUAAGGUCACUUCUUAUUUCCACCAAAGAUGGUUUGACUCCACAGCAGUUGGAAAAAGAGUACCUUUUGAUGGUUGGCAACCACUUACCGCUCCGAAUCCUUGGGUAUCGGUCCACUAUGGAGCUAGUGCUGGACAUGCCUGAUGUGGUUAGUGUCUGUCCCUGCGGGGAUGGUACAGUAAUACUGAAAGCCAUUCCAGAUGAAUCUACCAAAGGAAUUGCAAGUUUAGUUGCAAAGCAGAGGAGCAGCCAUAAGGUUCGAAGCUCCAUGCCAAAGGGAAGGGCUACUGUUUGCUCUGGGACAAGCUCUGGUCGAGUGCCUUACCGAGGAAGGGUGACCCCUAUUCUUCCAGCUGUUGUGAAGAGUGAGCUGAAAGACCUCUUGGCGUUGUCUCCUGUUCUCCUUUCUGAUUUUGAAAAGGCAUUUGCCAAGCGAUUUGGACGAUCGUUUCAGUAUGUGCAAUAUGGAUUCCUCUCGAUGUUCGAAGUGCUGAAUGCAGCUUCAGAUGUCAUUUCUGUAGAGCAGACUAGAGCGGGUUCUUUGUUGAAGCUAAAGAAAAGCAUAUCUGUGGAAAAGCAGAGAGGAUGGCCGGCAGGAAAAAUUUUUACCCAGCCAUUUAGAAUGAAACAACAUGGGUCAUAUUCUACAGGCUGCAUGGUGGCAAAGCCACGCUUUUCACAACACACUUCAAACAUGGAACCACCAAAGCAAAUACUGAACAUGGACAAGACUUCCACGUUCAAUGCAGUGGAGACUUCAAGGCUGAAUCACACUGAAAAAUUAAACCAGUUGGAGAACACGUUCAAAUCAGUCAUUGCACAAAUUGGACCUGGAGGGACCAUCAAUCCAGAACUAAAACAUAAGAUAAAAUUUGUUGUAUCUAAGUUUCCAGAGGGUUUGUUAAUUUCUAAACUUCUUGGGGAGUUUGAGGCAGUUUUUAAAGAGCAACUUUCACCCAAAAAAUUGGGAUUUUUAAAUGUGACAGAACUUGUUGGAGCUCUUAGUGACAUUCUUCGUGUUGAGUUCAGGGAAGGAGAACAAGACUUGCUAGUGUUUGAUGCUGAUAUGAGGCCGGUACUAACAGAUGGAGCUGUUUCAACAGUCAGAAAUUUAUGUUUAGUUCAACCAGAUAAGAAAAUGGAAGCCAAGGCUUGUAUCUCCAGUCCCCCUAGAAAUUCACUGUCUACUGCUGCUGUCAAGGAGACUGCAUGGGAUUGCCCUUUGAAGAACCAUAAAGAACCAGAACAGAAGAUAUAUAAGAAGCCUAAUCUGGUUGUAAAGCCUUUACAGCUGCAAGUAGGAAUAAGUAAAUCACAGCUCAGCUUGGCAAUGGCAAAUCAUGAUAUCCCACCAGAUGCUGUACAGGAGAAGAAAUUAUGCAGACUUCCACCAUUAGAUACCAGUACCCUUGUGGGGGUCUUUGUGGAGUAUAUUAUCUCUCCAAGUCAAUUCUACAUCCGAAUCUAUAGCAGGGAUUCAUCAGAGUUACUUGAAGACAUGAUGAUUGAAAUGCGGCGUUGUUAUUCUAACCAGCUGGUUUCUGAUCGAUAUAUCAUGCCAGAAUGUUUUGUCCAGCCGGGACACCUGUGUUGUGUAAGGAUUUCUGAGGAUAAGUGGUGGUAUCGGGUUAUUAUCCAUCGAGUCCUUGGGAAAAAGGAAGUUGAAGUAUUCUACCCAGACUUUGGAAAUAUCGGAACUGUUCAGAAGUCCUCUCUGAGGUUCCUCAAGUGCUGCUACACAAAGCUUCCUGCUCAGGCUAUCCCUUGCUCUUUGGCUUGGGUGAGACCCGUAGAGGAACACUGGACAUCCAGAGCUAUUUUGCAGUUCCAGAAGUUGUGUGGUCUGAAACCGUUAGUAGGAGUAGUGGAUGAAUAUAUCGAUGGAAUCCUUAACAUUUUUCUGUGUGAUACAUCCUCACAUGAAGAUGUCUAUUUCCAUCAUGUCUUAAGAGCAGAGGGCCAUGCUAUUGUAUGCCGAGAAAAUGUCCCUUCCAAGGGCUUCAGAGACCUAAAUCCUUUAGCUUUAUACACUCAACCCAGUGGAGGGCCAGAUAAAGUUGUCUUGACAGAACUGGGUUAUUCUUCUCAGCAGCACUAUUUUAAUGAAGACCGAGAGAUAAGUCCUCGAUCCAAAGAGAGCGAUUUCCAUGCCCUGGAGCCAUUAAAGGAUUCUGAAUUCAGUUCUCUGAAAACUCAAAAGAGCUGUGAAGAAGAUCUAAAGUGGUCCAUUCCAGAGCCAAAGGAUCUGAAGGAAGAAAAUGAGGAUGAGAUCCCCACUGGAAUGCCAUGCCUGGAGUCAGUGACCAUAGGUGAUGAUAUCUGGGAUGAGAACUGGCUACCACUGCAGGCUAAAAUAGGAAAAGGAGGUGAUGCUGCCUCCCAUUUAUUUACCUCAAGCCUUGGUGGAAAGAAACAGUGUCCUACAUGUGAAGAAAUGCCACAGAAGGAUUGGUGUUUUCCUACACCCAAAGAUAUAUGGGAUGAUUCCUGGCAGCCUUCAGGCCUUGUGAAUGGAAUGAAAGUAGAAAUUAAAAAACGAGAAGAGCUGGAUACUCAAGAAAAAAAUACUGGUACAACCAGAAUUCUAAAGCAACCAAACUUGAAAGGUUCUUUGGAUUCUUCCACACUGCCCAAACUGGAAGAGUUCUACAUCUCCCUUUUCCAGUCACAGCAGUCAGCAGAAGGGAGUCAGUUUGAGCCUAACAACAUCCAGACUCCAACAAAGCAAAUUCAGCUGCCCACAGCAGCAGCCAGCUCAGCUACUGUCGCGGCCGACGCCCCAGGAGAGCACUCUGGUUCUGUGGAGAGCUCUCCAGGGAGCCUAAAGAACGAAGAUCUUUCUAGUCGCCACGCCAUCGCAGUGUUCAAGGAUGAGAGUCAAGGAGCCAUGGACCAGCUGUCUUUGAUUUUGUCUCCUGAGCACAAGAUUUCUCAGAAGCUCUACAUUCCUCGAAGUACAGCCACAGCUGCCCUGGGAGCUGCCGCGCGCCUGGCCACGUCCAGGAGCCUCCUGCACUGGUACCCCAGUGUGAAAAGGGUGGAAACCUGAGGGGGGAGGGGCGGCGCACAGUAGCGCUUUGCUCAUCCUAAGGGACUCGAUAGCUUUGUUAUGCUAACUGUCCAUUUUGGUGUGUAAGUAUUGAUAUUUAACAUUAUUUUUAUUUGUACUAAUGAUUUUAUUCUGUUUUUUUACCUUUGUUUUUAAUGUAGUUUAAAGGAGUUUUUGUUUUUUGUGUUUCUAUAAAUAUUUUUCUUUUACAUAUCAUGACUGAUAAAUGAAAAUUAAGAGUCUGUUUUGUGAUCCAUAUUUAGUAAGAGAAAUAUAUUCCCACUUCCCUGUCUCCAGAAGGAGGAUGUCUGAAUUUAGGGUUGCUGCUUUCUAUCAAAUUUGAAAUAUUACAUAUUAUAGAACAUCAUUAUUUUUUCUUAAUACUGGGAGCAGUAAGAAAAUCCACACCCUGACGCUUUGGUCAUAUAACUAUUUUUACAUUUUAAAAAAUAUUAAGCUGUUUUCAGGAUGGGCAAAUUUCUGGAACAUAGCUGAGCCUUAUAUAGUUACUGCAGUUCCCAGAAGUGUCAAUGUGGCAUGUUUCAAUGCACUGGUGUUUAGGCAUUUAUGUAGCACUGUCUAAAGUGACUUUGUACGAAAUGUUGUGUGACACUCUGUUGAGCUUAUAGUAUAAAUCAAGAGGAGAGACUAAAAGUGGAAUGGAGUAUGGGUUUGUGGCUCCGUGGUGAAGUGCUAGUCUAACAUGCUCAAAGUCUGGGUUCCAUCCCCAGCACAAUUUUGUACUUGAAAUUGAAAAAUGUGACAUUCAUUUCUUUGUGCUAAAGUACUAGGCUUAUCCCCAAUUCUAAGAAUAUUACUUUAUCCAUGUAAUUAAUUCCCAAUAUAGAAUCAUUUCUCAGAAGUCAGAGAGAUGUAAACAGCUGGCAUGCUACACGUACCACCUGGUCUGCUAGUUCCCUUCUUUGUACAACAAGGAAUUUCUUCUCUUUCCUUCUCAAUGGCUUAAUCAGCAAAUAUCCACUAAAGAAGGAAGAGGGAUGCACUUAGAGUACUUCUGCUGAACCUUAGGUAAUCAUGAAAGUUAAACCGGCACAGUGGCACAUGCCUGUAAAUCCAGUUACUGGGGCCAGUCUCGGCAACCUAGUAAAGCCCUGUCUCAAAAUUUAAGAGGAGGGCUGGGGAUGUGGCUCAAGCGGUAGCGCACUCGCCUGGCAUGCGUGCGGCCCGGGUUCGAUCCUCAGCACCACAUACCAACAAAGAUGUUAUGUCCGCCAAAAACUAAAAAAUAAAUGAAUAUUAAAAAAAAAAUUUAAAAGGACUGGGGAUAUGACUCAGUGGUUAAGUAACCCUGAGUUUAAUCCCUAGUACCAAAAAAAUGUUAAAAAGUCUUAGAGAAAAUAUGUUUAAUGUGAUAAAAUUUAAAAAUCCAGAUUCAUCUUUAAUGCCAAUAUAAGAAUGGUGAUAUACUAACUGAUUAAAAAAAAAAAAAAACCUGAACAUAUCACUAAUAGUUGCUUCAACAGAUAGAACAGGUUCCCAUUUGGGCUUUAUGAAUUUUGCAUCCGACAUCUUUAUUGGAGAAAUAUGUGGAGGGUCAAUAAGGAGCUAAAUGUCAUAUAUGGAACUCAAUGGAACUGACAAAGCUCUGUUUAUCAUAUAAAUUUAGAUAUUAUUCAUAAUUUUUUCUAAAGAUAUUUUUACUCAGGAGAUUGAGACAGGAGGAUCACAAGUUCGAGGACAGACUUGGCAAUCUAGCAAGACCCUCAGCAACUUAGGAUCUUUCUUUAAAGAAAUCAAGUACAAGUAAUAGAGUUCAUUUCUCCAGAUGAGUGGUUACUGGGUUUGGAAGAAGGUGUGUCUUAAGUGGAAGGGUUGACUGAGUACAUGGUUGGUUAGUUAACUGUAACCCUCUCUAUAAUUGCACCCAGCCACCGGGAAGAACUCUGCCACGCUGGGUAGCCUUUAUGUAAGUUUGACAAUUGGUUUUACAACCUGACAGGGAUUAACUUUAUACCUUGCAAAUUAAAUAGAGAUUAUAAAAUAUUUAAUGUGCUCAGGCUUUUUCAGAGUCCCACUCUGUUACAUAUGGCUGGAGAGAGAAGUAUUUACACAGAAGCUUUCUCAAACUGAAUGUCAACAUACAUUGAAAGAAGCCUAUUUAGUAAUUAAUAUUUGACAUCUUAUUUGAAUUAGCGUGAAGAAUGGACCUUUGAAAGGCUUAUACCGGGCUGGGGAUGUGGCUCAAGCGGUAGCGCGCACGCCUGGCAUGCGUGCGGCCCGAGUUCGAUCCUCAGCACCACAUACAAAAAACAAAGAUGUUGUAUCUGCCGAAAACUAAAAAAUAAAUAAAUAAAUAUUAAAAUUUAAAAAAAAGAAAAAAGAAAGGCUUAUACCUUUUGACUGCUUGGCUCUGACUAGAAUAGCCAAUCUGUGAGUCUGUUUACCUACCUUGUUCCCCAAAAUGUGCGUUUUGUUUGGUAGUUAAAUAGCCCAAAAGAAUCAAAUUUAAUCAUUUGAAAAAUAGUAUGUUCCUGCUUAUGAGCGGGAACAACAAUAAGAAGUGUACAAAAGAUAUGUAGAUGCUCUGUGGUUUAUAGUUAAAAUGCUUUUUAUUGUCAAAAGAUAGGCCAUUGUGUACAUUUUGGAUGUUUGUGGUUUCAGGAGCCAUUAGCACUAAUGGAGGUCCCCCUGAAAUGUUUGAAGUGGGUUCUCAAGUGUGAGAGAGGGAAUGGAUGAAAACUAGAGGAAACUCCUGGUUCUUUACUCCUCAGGAAUGGAAGAGGGCCUUGCUUUUAGAGACAUUUGGGUCUUGACUGCAGCAGCUUAUAGCCAGUGCUCCCCUCUCCCAUCUAAAAAUGCCCCCUGGGAUUCCAGCAGCAGCAGCGCAGCCAGCCUUUUCCCUCUAAGCCCAGCACUUGUGAAAUGCCAGCUGCCCUUUCUAAGGCUGGGAACAACUAGAGGCUACUGCCUGCAAUCAGCCUGUGUCUAACGAGGCCUAGAAUUAUGGCGUUUUGACCUAGGAAGGGCCCUCGGUGGGGAAAGGUGAAGUAUGAAAAACUGGCUUGCCUGGAGUCCCACAGCUCCAUUCCCCCAGCUCUGCCGACUCCAGCGCACAGCCCUUUCCAAAGGGGGAGUGUGCAAGUCUAUCUCAUGUGCUAUGAAUAAUUUGUGCCAGAAAACAUGGAUUUGGUAAAUCAGACCAAAACAAUGGUGGUUUUUAUAGCUGAAUAAAUGGGGGAGAGAGGACUGAUUUAUAAAAAUUCCCGUUUUCUUGAAGAUGAAUAAUUGAAAUAACAGUGGGCCAGUUCUACAGCAAAGAAUCUGAAAAGGGGAUGUCAUAAGGAGCCAGAAGCCAAAUAUAGAAAUAGAAUAUAGAAAACCAAAUCCACGACUCUCUGCUCUCAGCUUUGGUCACAGAAUCUGAAUCUUUGGUCACAGAGAAAUCUUUCUCAAGUUUCCUAUUAACAUUUAUAUGACAUAACAAGGCUUUUCUAAGGUAUUUUUAUAUAAUGCCACGGAUGGCAUUCCUCAAUUUGUAGGAUCUUGACUUUUCCAACAUAUCAACCCAAGUACAUUGCUCUGUCAACUAACUCUGUGUAUUUGAAUUGAACUCCAUUUCUAAUGGGUGCCUCUUGUCUCAUUUAAUCACCAGUUGGCCUAGGAAGUUUUUGGUAUCAUUGGCCAACUGGAAUCAAUCCUUUAAAUGGUAUUUUAACCAUGUGCAGGGAAAAUGUUAACUGCUGAAUUGAGGAUUCUGUAAUAUUCAGUAUUAUGAUCGAUUCAUGUGCCACUUGUGAAAUUGGCAUUUGGCAAUAUAUCAAAACUGAGCAGAGGUCUGGGAUUGUGGCUCAGCGGUAGAGCACUUGCUUAGCACGGGUGGGACCCGGGUUCGAUUCUCAGUACCACAUUAAAAAAAAAAAAGCAUUGUGUUGUGUCCAUCUACCCCCCCCAAAAAAAGAUUCUCUUUAAAAAAAAUUAUAAAACUGAGCAGAGAAUUAUUCAGAGCUAAAUUUUCUUAGUUAUAAGCAUAGUUUUCAGGAAUUACUUUUAAAAAGUUUCCUACUGGGUGUAAAUCUUGUUUUAUGUUUCUGCUAAAUAUUUUUGACUUAUGGAAAAAUGAGCUUAGGAAACAAUGUUUGCUUGACUAUUUCUUCUUAAUGCCACUUAUACAAAUGCUCUGAUAUAGAAAACCAAAUCCACGACUCUCUGCUCUUGGCUUUGGUCACAGAAUCUGAAGGGGAGUUGUUGGGAUCAAGGAGUGAUCAUACUAGUUUACUCUUUGGAGGUUGUAACAGCAUUUUGUUUGAUUUAAAUAUUUAUGAAGUCCAGAUUUGUCCAAAGUGUCCAGGUGUUUCUUUGUGAUUAGCUUUUUGUUGUGUUGAUUCUAUAGAAAUGAAAUUUUUACUUGAAUAUGUGAUUCAAAGUAGUUGAGUAAAAUGCAAGAUUAGUUAAGUUGGAAAAGAGACUUUACACUUUUUGACUAAACAAUUUGUCUUCAUUUUUGUUAUGACCUCUUCAUUUCCAGAGAAGGGUUUUGCAAUCCUUUUCUUUGUUGUGGAUAAAUAAUUAUAUUUCAUAAACUUAAAAA